AUGCCAAAUAUUGCUGCUCUUCAUGAAAUUUACGCAACCGAUCCAAAUGCUCUUUCGACUACCAUCAACGACAUUUAUGAUCGUAUUGAAUGUGAAGGCUUGAAUCCUGUAUGGAUUGCACUUAUUCCUCGUGAAAAAACUCUAGCUCGAAUACAGCAAUUGUCGCUUCUUCCAGAAGGAGAUCGAAGAAAAUUGCCACUUUUUGGUAUUCCAUUUGCUGUGAAAGACAAUAUGGAUGUGGCUGGGUUGGGGACCGCAGCUGCAUGCCCAACAUUUGCUCGUACACCAGCAACUGAAAGCGCACCUGUUGUUGUGAAACUUGAGCAAGCAGGUGCUAUUCUCGUCGGUAAAACCAAUAUGGAUCAGUUUGCCACAGGUCUCGUAGGCACACGUACGCCGUAUGGUGUCUGUGCCAGUGUCUUUAAUUCGAAUUACAUCUCAGGUGGCUCAAGUUCAGGUUCAGCCGUAGCAGUGGCCAGUGGUUUGGUUACAUUUGCGUUAGGAACGGAUACAGCCGGGUCAGGACGUAUACCGGCAAUGUUCAAUAAUGUGAUUGGACUAAAACCGACACGUGGAUUACUAAGUACGUGCGGUGUAGUACCGGCUUGUCGUACUCUUGACUGUGUUUCUAUCUUGACGGAAACGGCAUCGGAUGCUUCAAUUGUUCUGGCAGUUGCACGUGGUUUCGAUGAGCUGGAUCCCUAUUCGCGUGUACCAUCUGCUUCGUCUGGUGCAGCGCCAUGGAGUAUCGCGCCAAUCUUUCGCUUUGCUAUACCAACACUUGAAACUCGUGAAUUCUUUGGUGAUGUUCAUAAUCCUACGCUUUUUCAAAAAGCAAUCGACGUAAUUAAGCGUGAUCUUGGUGGUGAACCAGUAGAUAUUGAUCUUACACCUUUCUUAGCUGCGGGCAAUCUGCUCUAUAAAGGUCCGUGGGUAGCUGAGCGAUACACGGCCGUCGGUCAAUUCAUCGAGCAACAUGCAAAAGAUAUCGAUCCAACAGUAUACACCAUUAUUACUAAGGCAAAAGAUUAUACAGCAGUUGAUACAUUUAAUGGCGUUUAUGAACUCGAAAGACUAAAGAAAAAAAUUCAUAUGUUAUGGAAAAAAUUCGAUAUUCUUCUAGUUCCAACUGCGCCACGAACUUAUACUAUCGACGAGAUUGCUAAAGCACCGAUCGAGCGUAACAGUCAUCUCGGAUACUAUACGAAUUUUGUAAAUCUACUCGAUCUCGCAGCCAUUUCUGUUCCUGCUGGUAUACGUCCCGAUGGUCUGCCUUUUGGUGUUACUCUGAUCGGAGCAGCGUUCACUGAUACGGCUCUCCUGUUACUUGGAGAUCGUAUACAUCGUGCACUUGCUACUAAUCUUGGUGGAUCUACGCGUCCUUUGGCAAAUACACCGAAAUUGUUGCCAACUGAAUGUAAUUCUAUGUCUUCAAACUGCUUCCUUAUUGCGGUUGUCGGUGCGCAUCUGUCUGGUCAACCACUCAACUACCAGCUUACAGAACGCAACGCUCGACUCGUGCGCACUUGCCGUACUCGUCACGACUAUCAACUUUACGUGCUCAAGGGUUCCGUGCCACUCAAGCCUGGUCUAGUACGCGUCACAGAUUUCAAAGGACCUGGUAUUGAACUUGAAAUUUGGGCACUUCCUGCUGACGGUGCACCUAGCUUUAUUAGUAUGGUUCCACCACCACUUUCUAUAGGCAAUAUUUUUCUUGAAGAUGGAUGUAUCGUCAAGGGAUUUCUGGUAGAACCAUCCGCUCUGGACAGUGCGCAGGAUAUCACACAUAUGGGUGGAUGGAGAGCUUAUCUCGAUAGCAUGAACUUGCAUGUAUAA